ACGUAUCUUGUCUGAUUGACGACAGUGAGACAGAGUCAAAUCCUGGUAUCUAAGGCUGAAGACAAUCAUCUCGUUUAUACCAAAUUAUUAGAAAAUCCAACUCCACGUACGAGAAAAUCCCGAAGAACUUUGACUAUCACCACCAAAUCAGCAUCCAACAAAUAUGCCUUGUAGACAAAAAUUGAUAAUCCGAAGAAAAUUCCACCUCAGAAAUGAAUCAGCCUAAAAUCCGGAGAGGUCUCUACAUUGGAGAUAAAACAACGUGAAUGCUCAUGUAUUAUGAUUUAUGAUAGGAGUAGUUUGAUUGACGAAAUAAAGUGUCUAGAAUGUUUUGAUACACACUGGUAAACGAGCAGCACGCAUCCUGCUAUUGGGGAAAGCUGAUUCGCUGCGUCAGCUCCACGCUACCUGCCUUUUGAGGCAGCACACAAGCUGCGUGUUGUGUCAGAGCAAACUCAACUGAUAUAUCACCCCAGUAGCCAAUAAUGUUGCAUUACACCAUUUAUUUGUCCAUAUAAAAAAUAAUUUCUGUUCAUUCCGGAUCUCUCUCUCUCUCUCUCUCUCUCUCGCUCACUCUACUUCUCAGCUUAAACACUCUCCUCUCCGCCGCCGCCAAUGCGGGACCAACUGGCAGCCGUAUCACUCAACGACGCCGAUGAAGUCCCCAGAGCCCAAUUCUCCGACCGUGUCCCCAUCCGAUCCAUAGUCUCCCGGCCCGACGGCGGCUCGGGCCUGGUGGGCCGGAAAGCCCGUGUGGGUGGGUGGGUGAAGACAGGGAGGAAAGCCGACAAGGACGCAUUCGCCUUCUUGGAGCUCAACGACGGAUCGUCCGCCGCAAACUUGCAGAUCAUCGUGGAUGCUUCCCUAGGAGACCUUGGGCAGCUGGUCCCCACCGGAACCUGCGUCGUCGUCGACGGCGAGCUCAAGGCGCACCCAAACCCUAAGGGCAAGCAGAAGGUGGAGCUUCGCGCCCAGAAGGUUCUCCAUGUUGGUCCGGUCGAUCCCGCCAAGUACCCUUUGCCCAAAACUAGACUCACCCUCGAGUUCUUGCGUGAUUUCGUUCACCUUCGUUCCCGAACCAACACCAUCUCUGCUGUUGCCCGAAUUCGACACGCUCUUGCUUAUGCUACACAUACCUUUUUCCAUAACCAAGGAUUCCUUUAUGUGCACACUCCGAUUAUCACGACCAGUGAUUGUGAAGGUGCUGGGGAGAUGUUUCAAGUUACAACUUUGCUCAGUGAGGCAGAGAAACUGGAGAAGGAACUAGCGCAGAAUCCUCUUCCGACCCAAGCUGAUGUAGAAGCUGCUAGACUUGUUGUGAAGGAGAAAGGAGAUAUUGUUUCCCAGUUGAAAUCUGCUAAAGCAAGCAAGGCAGAAGUUAAUGCUUCUGUGGAUGAGCUUAAACAAGCUAAGGAGAGUCUCUCCAAGUUGGAGGAGAGAUCUAAGUUGAAGCCUGGUAUACCUCAAAAGGAUGGAAAGGUGGAUUAUAAUAAUGAUUUCUUUGCCCGCCAAGCGUUUUUGACUGUUUCGGGCCAGCUUCAAGUCGAGUCCUAUGCUUCUGCUCUUGGUGGUGUAUAUACAUUUGGGCCAACGUUUCGUGCAGAGAAUUCUCACACUUCCAGGCAUUUGGCAGAAUUUUGGAUGGUAGAACCUGAAAUUGCAUUUGCUGAAUUAAAGGAUGACAUGAACUGUGCCGAGGCAUACGUGAAGUUUUUGUGUCAGUGGUUACUUGACAAUUGUCUAGAAGAUAUGGAAUUUAUGGCUGACAAGUUUGAUAAAGGUUGCAUUGAUCGUUUGAAAAUGGUUUCUUCAACACCCUUUGUUCGAGUUACUUAUACAGAAGCUGUGGAAAUCCUUGAGGAGGCUGUGAAGAAUGGUAAAAAGUUUGAGAAUGAAGUGAAAUGGGGAAUCGACUUGGCAUCUGAGCAUGAAAGGUACCUAACAGAGGUAAAGUUUCAGAAGCCUGUCAUUGUCUAUAACUAUCCAAAAGAAAUCAAAGCAUUCUACAUGCGAGUCAAUGAUGACUCAAAGACUGUAGCUGCUAUGGAUGUUCUUGUCCCAAAGGUUGGAGAGUUGGUUGGUGGGAGCGAAAGGGAAGAGAGAUAUGAUGUCAUUCAAGAAAGAAUUAAGGAGAUGGGGUUACCUCUUGAGCCGUAUGAAUGGUACCUUGAUCUGAGGCGGUAUGGAACAGUUAAACACUCUGGAUUUGGUCUUGGCUUUGAGAGGAUGAUUCUUUUUGCCACGGGCUUGGAAAAUAUUAGAGACGUGAUUCCCUUCCCACGAUAUCCUGGUAGAGCAGAUCUAUGAUCUUUAUUUCCAGUGGCACUUCUCUUGCACAAGGUAGAGAUGUAGUUUUAUAGCAUGAAUAGUGGAUUUGCUGGGUUUUAUAUAUAAAUCAGAUAUUUAUCUCCACAGUAUUGUAUUUCAUUCAUUAGAGAGCUUUGUAUAAAUAUUUUCCUGAGCAUGGCCAGGAAACGAUAUUCUGUUUACUUCUCACAACACAAGGAUGUACUUAAUUUAUUCAAUAUGAAUAAAGUCCGAUUUGCAUUUUGUGCAAUUCGUCAUUUA